AUGAACCUCAGUCAAGAGGUUGAAGAGUGCGGCUUUUUUGAGGGUUACACCCUUCAGCGAUUUCUCAUCAUCACCGCAUUCUCUGUAGUUUCCAUAUUUGGAAUUCUUGGCAAUACGCUUCUGAUGGCUGUAUUCUGGAGAACUUUGCCAGCAUCGGUCUAUCUGGCAUGUCUUGCGUCGAUGGAUAUGCUCAUCUGUCUCACCUAUUUACUGCUAUUCGGUGUUGAUGCAGGUUUCGUUUAUCUCAGGAACAAGACGCUAUUCUUCCUUUAUCAUCGCUAUAUUGUUCCCAUAUUCUUCAUCGCAAAAACUGUUCAAUUCGCCAUACCAUUUUUGCUGAUUUUGAUAACUCUGGAAAGGUACGUGUGGACAAGCAACGAGAAAACAAGGCAAGUAUUUGCACCGGUAUUCAACGACAAAGGACGCUGUAUUACCGUAUCCAUACUUGUCACAAUGAGCAUUCUCAUAAGGUUACCAGUCCUUCUAGCUACAGAGGUAAAGCAAUUUCCACACUGCAAAGACUACUUCCGCAGUGAAUCCGUUUCGCCGGCUGAAUGGGCUUCGGAAAGCCAUGCUUACUAUGUCUUCGAUUUCCAUGUGAUCACAGCCGUUCAGACUUGUUUCCCAUUCUUUGUAUUGCUCAUUCUUAAUAUGGUUAUCGUCCAACGUAUGCUUGCUCAGAAACGUGAACAUACGUAUUCAAAUAUGAAGCCUCGCCUAUCCAGUGUCGGCUUGAAUAAGACGCUGAUUGAAAAUCAAUCCGGAACACUGCCGGAAAACUUUGUUCUACUAGAGCUGGCCAGUGAGGUUAUGAGGGAAUCGCUCAUAAGACAGUCAUGCCGAGGUAAACGGUCCCAACUUCGAAAUGCCAUCUAUACCAUGCUGGCGAUAGUAAUGUCAUACCUAGUGUGUAACGGUGUUCAUAUUUUUCUUACAUUUCUCGAACGUACUGAUGAUCUAUUUUCGCUCCUCUAUGAUACAGAUGAUCCUAACCAGUCCAGCAACUUCUACAUUGCUCUUUCGGACACAGUCAGCAUCUGUUAUAUGGUAUCGUCAGCUACUCGCAUACUUAUCUAUGCAAAAUGUAAUACGAAGCUGAGACACGAGAUCAACAACUACCUGAGGGACAGAAAAUUAUCUUUCCACGCUCAAAACAAAUCUUGA